UUGACAACUAGGCUUUGUAUUCCGAUCCCGAGGUUUAGCUUAAAGUUCGGGUUUGGUAUUUUGAUGUAGCUUCGGGUUCUCUGCCAAAAAAUGGCAACAAAACUGUUAUAUUCUCUUGGAACUCGAGGCCAGCAAAGCAGAAUAUUUAACCAAGCCACCAGAGCAUUCUCUACAUCUCAAAACAGAAACAAAUAUGUUAUUGUAUCCAAAAAAGAACCUGAGGUCACAUUUGAAGCAAUGACAGACAGAUUUGUUUUUUAUACAUUUCUCCAGGAGAUUAUUGCAGGAGGAAGAACUGUACUUGGUAUGCUUUUUAAGGAGCCAGCCACUAUAAAUUAUCCUUUUGAAAAGGGCCCCUUGAGUCCACGAUUCAGGGGUGAGCAUGCCCUCAGAAGAUACCCUUCUGGGGAGGAGAGGUGCAUUGCUUGUAAGCUUUGUGAAGCUAUUUGCCCUGCUCAGGCCAUUACAAUCGAGGCUGAGACCAGAGCUGAUGGUAGCAGGAGGACGACACGAUAUGAUAUUGACAUGACGAAAUGUAUAUAUUGUGGCUUCUGUCAGGAAGCAUGCCCAGUGGAUGCUAUUGUUGAGGGUCCUAACUUUGAAUACUCCACUGAGACCCAUGAAGAACUUCUGUACAACAAAGAAAAGCUACUGAGCAAUGGAGACAAAUGGGAGGUGGAGAUUGCAGCCAACCUGCAGGCAGAUUAUAUGUACAGAUAAAGUGUUGAAUGGACCACACACCGUCUUAUUAUUAUGAAAAGAUCUUGAGUGAGGCUGCAUGUAAAUACAGGCUUGUUAAAUAUCAUUUAAUAAAAUACUAAAAAGAAA